AUGUCAAGAAACCGGGAUUAUGGCUCGGUUGCAGAUUUACCAGGGUUCAAUGAGCGCGACGAACGAUCACCGGGAGCUCUGAAGACUUUCGUGUCGAAUAAUGUCGGGUUGCUGUUGGUUGCUGCUUCGGAGCUGUUCUUUGCGUGUAUGCAUUUGGCAGUGAAGAUUCUGAACAGUAUCGACCCGCCGGUUUCGACGUUUGAGCUCAUUUUUGUUCGGAUGGUUAUCACAUAUGUCUUUAGUGUGGCAUAUAUGGUUUGGACGGGGGUUUCUAACCCUGUCUUGGGCCCACCUGGAGUACGGUGGCUUCUUUUCUGCAGGGGUAUUGGCGGUUCGAUUGGCCUCUAUGGAAUCUACUAUUCCCUGCAAUACCUCUCCUUGUCAGACGCAACCGUCCUGACCUUCUUGUCACCUAUGUGUACAGCUAUUGCUGGAGCUAUGUUCUUGGGGGAGCAUCUACGAGUCUCACAACUCGUCGCUGGAGUGUUCAGUUUGGGCGGUGUGGUACUCAUUGCUCGUCCACCUUGGCUGUUUGGAGACUCGUCCCAGCACAAUGUGGGAGAUGAGGAUGUGACCCCUGCUCAGCGGUUAACAGCGGUUGGUGUUGCUCUAAUUGGUGUUCUCGGUGCAACCUUAGCCUUCACUAGUUUGAGGGCUAUCGGUAAACGAGCACAUACUAUGCAUUCGAUGGUCUCCUUUGCUGGGCAGUCCAUCAUUUUCUCUGGCGUAGCUAUGCUCGUUACUCGGACCGAAUUCAUCAUCCCGGCGAAAACGAGCUGGCUGGCUAUGCUAUUGAUGAUUGGAGUAUUCGGCUUCAUUGCCCAGAUCCUGCUGACGAUGGGUUUGCAACGGGAAACCGCUGGAAGAGGGACUAUGGCUGUCUAUACACAGAUUGUAUUCGCGACGAUCCUCCAGCGCAUCUUCCUCAAAACGACGCCGCCCUUGUUAUCUAUUGUCGGAACGGUCAUCAUUGUGGUCUCGGCAUUGUACACCGCACUUAGCAAAGUAAAAGAUAAGGAGGUGCCCCUGGUUUCGGAAACCGACGAAGAACGGGGACUGCUCGACGAUCCCGAGGAGAACCGGUAG